UCGUCAAAGAUGUCUUACGAAAUCAAAACGGUCUCUCUGGUCGUCCUCGUCCUGCUGGCGAUAUCCUUUUCGGAGGCGAGUCUUCGUCACCGCGCUGUUUCCUCAGAAACUCCCGCGUCCGCGGAUAAGUUCAGCUCCCGAAUUAUUGGUGGAGUAGAAUCUGAUGUCUCGGCGGCUCCCUAUCUAGUCUCGAUUCAAAACAGCUACGGCAACCACUUUUGCAGUGGUGCAAUCAUUGACGAUCAGUAUGUGGUGACCGCUGCCAGUUGCGUGGCUGGAUUGCGUAAAAACAACGUGAAGGUGGUCACCACCACCUAUAACAAUUGGGGACAGGCGGGCUGGGAAUACUCCGUGGAGGACAUCAUUAUGCACUGCCAGUUCGAUCAGCCGAUGUACCACAAUGACAUCGCGCUGAUCAAGACCCAUGCACUAUUCGAUUACGAUGAUGUGACACAGAAUAUCACCAUCGCUCCCUUGCAGGAUUUAACUGAGGGCGAGACCCUGACCAUUUACGGCUAUGGUAGCACGGAGAUCGGCGGAGAUUUCUCCUGGGAACUGCGCCAACUGGAUGUGACCUAUGUGGCGCCGGAAAGGUGCAAUGCCACCUACGGCGGAACGGGAGAUCUGGAUCUGGGUCACCUGUGUGCCGUGGGAAGGGUGGGUGCGGGAGCCUGUCAUGGCGAUGCCGGAGGACCCAUUGUCGAUGGUAGGGGUCGCCUGGUGGGCGUUGGCAAUUGGGGCGUGCCCUGCGCCUACGGAUUCCCCGAUGUCUAUGCCCGCUUGAGCUUCUACAACAGCUGGAUUACAUCCACGAUCAACGGUUGUGCUAUUAAACUUUAAAGUUGUCAAUAAAGUUUUAUAACAAUU